AACACAAUACGCGGACCGCCAUGAACAAAUCCUCGUCGAAGGAGCCUUAAAAUUAUUAUGUCACCGGCUUAGUCAAGUAACCACGAAAGCUUAACAUGACUGAUAUACAAUUAUAUCGGGAUAAAACGGGGAGCUUGCCCUAUUUGUCGCACUGGGCACAAAAGGAACCCGCGAGGCACAGAUUCAUAGCUGGGAACACAGAUCACUGGGCAAAGAUGAAACAUAAGGUUGCUACAUUUUCCAUUCGAGACACGAGAGGACAAGUGAAGACGUUCCACGGUGAUCGAAUGCGGCAUGAGCAACAUCCAGACAAGAAGUCAGAAGAAAAACUCCUCAAGUUCCGGCACGAAAUUGACGGGACCUUAACGCGUAUAGGUGGGCCAAAUUUCAGCGACAUUCUCGUCAAAGAGCUACACGGUAACUUGCCAGGGGAUUACCACAAGCCACGACCCUUGCCUCCCAAACUUUUGAGGACAUCAGUUAAUGCUAGGGCUAGAGAGGGGUACUUGUACUGGUAUAUGGAGAAGCCACCACCAAAGAAGGGUACGACCACGUUUGGCUCAGACAAAACCUUCCUUGGAUUGGGCAAAAGGUUUUUUCCCUGAUUAUGGUCUAAUCAGCUGGCUGGUUUGAACACUUGCGAUUGAAUUAACGUUGCAUCGGUGUACUGUUGAAUCGUGCAAUAUGAUAUACAUACAUUCAGCAAUAUUUUACGCGCCGUAUAAAACAAUUAAAUUGGGUAUUAAUAGAGGUGUAAGUUCUUAAAUUCUGAUUGUACGUAGCAUGCGCAUGCAUGCAUCAAGCUUGCACGUACUGUUAUUUUAGCAGAAUUGAAUCUUCUCCCAUGCUUUCGAUCAAUUGGGGCAAGCGAGUGAGUCGGGGAAAGAAACGAGAUCACACUCAGGAUAGAAGAAGCAACAGCUUCCUUUCAUGUCCUGCUCUACUGCAGGAGUGUAUCCAAGCAUUUUUGAUAGGUGGGGGGAGCUUAAAACUUGUAUUCACAAAAACGAGAAUUUUUUUCUUUCCCUAUAGCCAGCCCACAUUUUUUAGGGUGCUGACAAAUAUGUCUAAACGAAUGGAUUUCUAAAUACUUCACACUGAGUAGUAAAUGGCGUUUCGGAAGUUUUGGUGUCAGACAAGAAGUGGAAAAACACCACAGGUCUG